AGUUUCGGUUUCCUUUUCUCUUUCAUAAAAGCUCAUAGGAAGCGCUGGGCUGGAACCUCCCCACUGUUUGCUUGUGACUCAGAAGCAGAGUCAAGGAGCCUGGAAGGAGCACAGUGUUGGGAGCAGCCAGCAUGAGAACUUUUAGUCAAUGAUUAAAUGCCUGAGAAAGUCUGGUUCUCACUUGCCUGCCUGGCAACUGGAUGAGGUCAACAAGAAGUCUCUGGAGGAAAUCCUUUCACAACUGAAAUGCCACUUCACGUGGAACUUAUUUAAAGGAAAAGGUGUCCCAGAUGACCUGGAAGGCAGAGUGUGUGAGCAGAUUGAAUAUUUAGACACCAAGUUCAAAGCUACAAUGUACAACUUGCUGGCCUAUAUAAAACACUUAGGUGGUCAAGACGAAGCAGCUUUGAAAUGCCUGCAGCAAGCAGAAGAGCUCAUCCAGAGAGAGUACACUAGCCAAGCAGAAAUCAGAACUCUGGCCACUUGGGGAAACUAUGCCUGGGUCUAUUAUCAUCUGGACAGAUACUUAGAAGCUCAGAAGUAUGUUGAUAAGGUGAAACAAGUGUGUGAGAAGUUCUCAAAUCCUUACAGUACUGAAUGCCCUGAGCUUGACUGUGAGGAAGGCUGGACAAGGCUGCAGUGUGGAGGAAAGCAAACUGAAAAGGCAAAGGUAUGUUUUGAGAAGGCUUUGCUCAAAAGCCCCAAUAACCCAGAAUUUGUCUCUGGACUGGCAAUUGCUAAGUGCUAUCUAGAUAGCAAGCCACAGAAGCAGUUACCUUUUGAUAUUCUGAAGCAGGCUGUAGCACUGAACCCUGAGAACCAGUAUAUCAAAGUUCUUUUGGCCCUAAAACUGCAGAAAAUGAGUCAAGAAGAUGAAGGAGAAGAGUUGGUUGAUGAAGCCCUGCAGAAAGCUCCUGGACAACCAGAUGUCCUUCGCAGUGCAGCUAAGUUUUACAAAAAAAAAGGUGAUCUUGACAAAGCUAUUGAAUUGCUUACAAAGGCACUAGAAACCACACCAAACAAUGGCUUUCUCCACCACCAGAUCGCGUGCUACUACAGGGAAAAAAUCAAGCAAGUUGAGAAUGCAGGGGAAUCAGAAACAAGUGGAAAUAGAGAGAAGGUGGAAGAGUUAAGGAAAUGUGCUCAGGAUUAUUGUAAUAAGGCUACUGAGAAGGGACUAAGUCCACUGUAUGCACUCUCAGAUAUUACUGAGCUCCUGGAAACAGAAGAAUGCUUUCAGAUAGCAGCCAGUCAGAAAUUCCCAGACACAGAGCGGGAACAAGUCCACACGGCUCAAUGCAAUGUACAGGAAUAUCAUGGGGAAUCAGAAAAUACUGCUGUCCAGGAUGUCUUAGGGGGUUUGUCCACAAGCAACAAGCCAACUGAGAAGGCAAAGGUGGAGUACCAACUACAGGAGGUAGCAGUAAAUCCGCUUCCACAAAAUGCACCAAAUUAUUGGUAUCACCAAGGAUUGAUUCACAAGAUGGGUGGAGACCUGUUGCAAGCAGCUCAAUGUUAUGAGAAGGAACUGGGUCGCCUACUAAGGAAUAGCCCUUCAGGGAUAAGCAGCUUUUUCCUGUCUGCAUCUGAGCUUGAAGAAGUCAGAGCAGAAGUGGGCCCAGGCACAGGCAGUUCCAGCGUUAGACAGCUCCCCAACCCCUGAGACGAAUCAGAGGGAGGAACAGAGUACUGGGGGAUCUUGAAGUGUGGCCAUGGGAGGGGAGGCAGAGACUUCCCCAGACUGAGCUUGCUUGCCUGUUGUGUUAAGAUGCAGAGUUAAGAGGGUAAUUUUCUAGCGUCUGUCUUCCCUGUCCCUCAGAUCUAUGCAGUGCUCUAGUGGACUGGUCCUACAGCUAUUUACCAGUGAAAACAAUGCUCCAGGCCUUCAGAAGGCAGUCUCUCCUUCUUCUGCACUCUGUUAACCAGAUACCCCCAUUUCCAGCCUUCUUGCUAAGAGGUAUAGCUGGUCACAGUCUACCCAUGGAACCUUGUGUCCAUCAUUUCUACCUAGCCAUCUAGUCUUCCUGGAAGAUGAACUUUUGGUUAACCCUUGCUUUUGGCUUCAGUCAUGUGUUUGUAUUUUUUCUUUUUUUUUUUUUUUUUUAUAACCAGGGCACUGCUCAGCUUUGGUUUACUAUGGUUUGGGGGAUUGAACCUUUGAAUUUGGAACCUCA